AUGCGUGACCCGCGCAAGAGCGGCUGCCCUCCUCCUCCGCCGCCACCGCCUCCGCCGCGCAUCAGGAGGCCCUCCCGCCGGGAAGCCAUCCGCCGGUGGCUCGCCCGCCUGAGACGUGGCACUCGGCUCGCUCGUCCAGCCAUGGCCCACGGGAGGCAGCCUUCCGGUUGCGGACCUCGUCGUCGACUCGACGCCCGCCGGGAGCGCGUCGGUGGACUCUUCGCCCGCCGGGAGCUCCGGGUGCACCGGGAAUGGGAUGGAGACGAUGGCGGCCACAGCCCGAACAGGCACGCGACGGUGAUGGUGGGGGAGCCGGUGAGGUCGUGGUGGACGCCGAAGCCGGAGCAGAUACUCAUACUCGAGUCCAUCUUCAACAGCAGCAUGGUGAACACGCCCAAGGACGAGACUGUCCACAUCCGCAAGCUGCUCAAGCUCUUCAGCGCCGUCGGUGACGCCAACGUCUUCUACUGGUUCCAGAACCACCGGUCGCGCUCACGCCGCCGCUAGCGCUAGCUGCAGGCGCAGGUGCAGGCCGGCACGGCGACGGCGGCCGCUGCAUCGUCGGGCUCUCCCCCAGCCUCCUCCGGCCUCGUGCCUGGCGCUAGCUCGGGCUCGUCGCUCGGCCUGUUCACACACGGCGCCGGAUACAGCUCCUCGUCGUGGCCGCCGUCGCCGCCAUCGGUGAGGAUCAUGGGGGACUUGGAUUGCGGUGGCGAUGAUGACCUGUUCGCCAUCUCGAGGCAGAUGGGUUACAUGGACCAUGGCGGCUCCUCCUCGUCCACGGCCGCCGGUCAGCAGCAGCAGCAGCUAUACAAUUCGUCGUGCCAACCUAGUGAACCCCGCCCCCGCCAUGCAUGGGGCAUGUCGCUGAAUUUUCAUCCGUCGGUGGUUUGA